CGCCACUGCUCUUGGGAGCUAUUGGAGCUGUGAUUCAAUCCUGUGCACUUUUGAUAAAGGUAUUGAGAUAACCCCGCUAUGACAUGCAUUCGAGGAGUCCCUAUGUCUAAAGAAUCCUAUACAGCAGCGAAUAAACCUCACAUUGGGGAGGUCUCCGACUUGGAUCAGCAGGUGUGGAUCCUUCAGGGUCAGACCAUUGUGACAGUUCCACGGAGUGACAGUGUAACUCCAGUCACUGUCACUGUUCUCCCAUGCAAGUAUCCAGAGUUGCUUGAGCAAGGCAGAGGCAUUCCCAUUUAUUUGGGAAUAGAGAAUCCAGAAAUGUGUCUGAUUUGUGAGGACAGUGGAGGGCAGCCCACAUUGCUACUAAAGGAGGAGGAGAUACUGGCUCUGUACAAUGAAAUGGCGCCUGUGGAGCCCUUCCUCUUCUACCACUCAAAGAAUGGCAGGACCUCCACCUUCGAGUCUGUGGCCUUCCCUGGCUGGUUCAUCGCCUCCUCUGAGAGAGGCCACCCCAUCUUCCUCACUUCGCAUCAGGGGGGAAUGUACAAUGUUAACUUCAACUUAAAUAUCAACGCUUGAACUCAGGCUGAAGGGGGCAGCUUGGUCAAAGGUCUUUGUGUUAAAUUUUCUAGUUCCCAGUGUGCUUUCCUCUGUAUUAUUGCAGUGUCAUUUCACAUCAGUGCUGAGAGGUGGGCAGGACACUAUUAUCACCGCACUUUAUGAAUGACUUCAUGGCGACUGAGGCAUAGAAUAUGGGCUCAACCAUAGGAGAGAGGGUUGAUGUAAGGUUCUCCUCUCAAGCUGAAGCUGUCCAUUCCACAGCCAUCCGUAUGAGGAUGUCAGGACCCAAAGACAUUAGGGCAUUCUCUGGGGGGUGGAAAUGGAGAAGCCUCAGAGCUCAAGAAUCUUACCCAAGAUCGGGUGGCUGUCAUGGAGCUGAUUGUUUUGUUUUGCUUUGUUUUCCUUCCUAUUUGUAUUACCUUUUCCAUAUGCUUUUUGUUUUGUCAGUAUAUCUCGGGUUGUAUAAUGUAUCCUUUUAAGGGUUAAAGAACUUUUAAAGAUAAAUAAUUUUUAAUAAGAGUUAAAUUAUUUUCCCUAAUUCUAAUAUGUAAACAUAAAGCCAAAUAUAAACUUCGUGUGUUUACAUAAUUAAAAAAAUCUAAAACUAAGAGAUAAAAUGAAAUAACAAACAUACCGAACUGAAAUUACAAAGGUAGUUGAGUGAGGAUAGCUCAGUGGGUGAGCCUGUGACUGGGGCUUAGCUGAGGGGAGAAAGAUCCCUGUCAGUGGAGAUAGGCUGGCAUGGAGAUUAUGCAUGUAGAAGAGCACUACUAUUUCACUACUUUCAGUAUAGUCUCACAGCCUUGAUUUCUUUGCCUUUUUUAGACUUUUCCUUUUAGGCAUGCUUACCAUCCACAUAAUCCCUUUAAAAACUGCAGUAAAGAUCCCUUUCUUUGGAGCAGAGAGCCUAGUUUUUCCACCAGCCAUGCUUCAGAUGAUGUAUUCUGAUGAUUACAUUACAUGAUCAAUUAGUAAUCACUAAUCGUGGGUAUAAUUGUAGAAAGAUGUAGCUCAGCUCUGGAUCUGUAUAUAAUAGAUUUCUUAUUUUGACUCUGAUACUACAAAUGCAGAAAAUUCUGUUUGCUUAAAUACAAUUUCCAAAACAGCACCAAUAACUUAAAUUUGUUUUUUUUUCCUACUUUUGGACAAUCAGGCCACAUACUCUAAUAGGCAGGCCAGUAAGCAAUCAGUAAGCACUGAUUUAAUGCAAGGCCUCUUGAUCCUUUAAAUUUUUCUUCUUCAAUUACAUAUAGUUUUAGCAUUGCAGUUUUAUAAAAAAAAAAUCAACAAACCAAACAUUAAAAUGGGCACUGAGCUAAUUAGUUCUGGAAUAUUAAAUAGAAGAAUUGGUUAUUGAAUAUUUACAACUAUCCCCACUGCUAAUAAAUGGUAGCAGUUUCUUACAUCUGCCAAGUUA